AUGUUUCGCGCUUCUUCGCUAUUUCUGCUGUUUAGCCUCGCUAAUGCCGGUAAGUCCAAUAGCUAUCACAUGUCAUCAAGGGAUAUAAGCCAAAAAAUCACGAACCUUUCAGAUCUGAUAGACGUGGUAUGCGAGAGGCAUCCCUCCUUGGCAUACUGCAAAACGAGGACGAUUAGACGAAGAGAACCCGAACGACCACAGGAUCCGUUUGAGGAGAAAUUUGAGCCAACAUCAGAGAAGGAAUCAGACCGUGAAGACAAUGAGGAUAUCUCUCUUGAACUUGAAGAGGAGACAACAACUUAUCGACCCCGUCGUUCUACCACACCAGUGCCACUUCCACGACAGAAUCUCCUCUACACAAUACUUCCCACUCUACAAAAGGAGAACGAUUGGAGAAGAUAUUGCCCUGUCAAUCAGUACACUUUCCAAACUACUUGCCUGCCUGGUAAAAAGCUGAGAUAUGACCUUCAGAUCUUCUGUCAAGAAUUCUCGGAAAAGUGUGGAGUGCCGAAUGUCAAUCUGUUCCCGAGUCGCCGUUCCAGCCAAGUGGACGAGGGUCGGCCGAAGGGCUACGGUCAAAAACAACAAAAUGGCCAGCUUGGACUUGGAAGAAGCUUCGCCUUCGGAUUGGGAGCCAUACCGGGCUUCGAGGUUACAUCUAGUCAAGGAACAGACAUUGGAAAUGGAAACCUCCCAUUCCUCAAUCAGGUAACAUCUCAAGGACGAGUAGUGGGAACAUUUCUCGGGAAACUUGGCGGAAAUAAGCCAAAGAAUGGAAUACAGGGCUACGAGCCAGGUUACGGUGCAGUUAAUCCAAACGCGCCACUCGCGAUCGGAAAGGUACAAGAAUUCCCCGUGCCGUGUCACUGCCGUGUUGAUCAGACGGACCAGUGUGCUGCGAAUGCCGUGCCAUCUCCAUAG